CAGGAUUGCCUUGUCGUUCAAUUUCCCAAAUAAAGUCACCCGGCGAUGGAUCAUCAGAGUUCUUCCACGCUGAGAGGCGCCGGUUAAGUUGAGUUCUCAAGUCCCACCCUAGUUUCAUCUCUGGUAGCAGUGUAUCAGAUGGAUAAUCAAAGCUUUGCCACAAGUAAGCUCCCGAAGCAUUGCUACCAUCUAUCAAAACAAGAUUGCCAGAAUCCAGGAGCCGCAGUUUAGGAUUUUGAGCUGCUUUUGUUGAGUUAGCUGACCAAACAACAGUUAUGUUCUGAAUCAGAAGCUGAACAUCACCAGUGGUUGUUACCAUCAGCAUGCCAGAAGAGUCAUUUAUUGGAUUCACCCUGUUUGCAACCCAAACAACCGUGCAGACUGGGAUUUUCUUGUACCAAAUUCCCAAGUACCGGUUCCCAGAAGUGCCUGGACUGAAGAAACCCAACUCAAAGCUUCCAUCAUUGGAAAUUAAAGUCUUUCCGUCAGGGAGAGGCUCGGAUGGAGAAAUGGAGUCAAUUGCCGUGGAGGCUUUCAAGAAGAUUAGAAAACAAGUACCCACAAUUGCUAUCAAAGUAAAAAUAUCCAUUGCAUGUCUAAAAUUGAAGCUAUCUCCUGGCAAGAUCAAUUAUGAGCCUCCAUGAUUUGCGCAUGUCGAAAUCCCCGCACCGAAAAGAAAAAGGGACUUGACUAGUGUGGGUGCCGACAUGCUGGUAAAGGACCUGAUGGUGGAUUAGAGCAAUUGACUUGGCUUGACUUGUGUGGACAAAGGACUUGUUUGGUGGGGGGAUUUUUAGUAGGAAAGUUUUUGUUGAUAAAGUAGUUAGUAAAAGUAUUGUAAGAAAAAUUAAAUUAUGUA